UACCCGCCUCUUUGUGCAUAAAAGCGUAACUAUUCGGACGCAAACUAAGGUAACCACCGUGUUGGAAUAAUUUCAGUUCCGUUUUCGUCACUGAGUCAAACCAUAUUGUCUGCAUAUCGGUUUACUUUUUUACUUUAAACAUGUGAGUUUAGCGGAUUAUAUUUGGGAGAAAGAUUAGAGGGAUCACCAGAGACCUCAACGCUGUUUACUACCCGAUUCAGCACAGCAUGUCAACGGGCACUCGCAAAACCCCGAGCAACACUUCGACCGAAGAAUAGCGGACUGUUUUCAAAUCAUUUAGUCCCAAAAUCGAGGCGGGAACGUCGUUUUGUCACCGGAGCCCCGGCCGAUGUCCAUCAACCUGCCUGUCAACGCACACUAUGUUCCCCUUGGACUCGUCAUGGAACAUUUCUUUCGCAGGUUGCGGAUUCCUGGGCAUCUAUCAUGUCGGCGUCGCCAGCUGCCUGUUGGAGCAGGCACCUUUCCUUGUGCACAAUGCCAAACACAUUUAUGGGGCUUCAGCCGGCGCGCUCACCGCCACCGCGCUGGUCACCGGCGUGUGCCUUGGAGAGGCUGGUGCCAGUAUCAUUGAGGUCGCCAAGGAAGCCAGAAAGCGUUUCCUCGGCCCGAUGCAUCCUUCCUUCAACCUGGUGAAGAUCGUGCGCUUCAUGUUGCAGCGCACUCUGCCCGCUGACUCUCACCAGAUCGCCAACGGCAGACUGGGAAUCUCUCUGACCAGAGUAACAGAUGGAGAAAAUGUGGUUGUAUCUCACUUCAACAACAAGGAGGAGAUUGUGCAGGCAUGUGUUUGCAGUGCCUACAUCCCCGUGUAUUGUGGCAUUAUUCCUCCCACACUUCAAGGAGUGCGAUACGUUGAUGGGGGAAUCUCAGACAACUUGCCUCAUUACGAGCUGAAAAACACAAUCACGGUUUCCCCGUUCUCUGGUGAGAGCGAUAUUUGUCCCCGAGACACCUCAACCAACAUACAUGAGCUGCGCUUCACCAACACCAGCAUCCAGUUCACCCUCACCAACCUUUACAGAAUUUCCCGGGCACUUUUCCCACCAGAUCCAAUGGUAAUGAAAGCCAUGUGUAAACAGGGAUAUAAUGACGCGCUGCACUUCCUGAAGAAAAAUGGAUUGCUCAAUUUCAGCGACCCCCAAAUUGACAGAGCCCUCCUGGGAAACAGAGAAAAACACGAGGAUCAAGUUGACUAUGUUCAUGCUGAUGUCAAAGGUGUUGGAGAGGAUGAAAAGAUGCAUAUGGUCGAUAGACCAUUGACUGUUCAUCCCGCAAUAGAGGAGCACAUCAUUGUACGCCUUCCACCCACUCUGCACAAAGCCCUAAUUGAGGCCUGCACAGAGCGAAGGAGCCUGGUGCAGUCGCUUAGCAACCUGCUUCCUUUCAGGAUGGCAUCUGCCAUGAUGCUCCCCUACACUCUCCCUCUUGAGUCCGCUCUGUCUUUGACUCUCAGACUUUUAGAAUGGUUGCCAGAUGUGCAGGAGGAUGUCGGGUGGAUUCAGGAGCAGUUGGUGAAAGUCCUUCAGCAUGUGCUGCGCCAGGCCUCCAAAAGCAUUACGCAGCAUUUUUCUGCCCGAUUCUCCUGUCAACUGGAGCUGCACCACUACCAGUCCCUCCCAUCCCAGAUCCGUUCCACCGGUUUGUAUGGCACAUGGGUGGGCAGCAGCACUCUUUCAUUCCAGGACAUCUUUACGCGUUUAGACCAGUACAAGCGACAACUGCUAUCCGGGACCUUUUGCGUCAACAUGAAUCUGGAAGGAUCCUUCCAAACGGGGUCGAUGUCAGUGGACAAAAGCUCUGCUUCCUUCCUCCCUGCAGAAGGCUUCCCAACACACACGGGUGGUCUUAGUGACUCCAAAGAUGCCAUACAUCACUUUGAUUCAGACCUGCCACUUAUAAAUCCAGGUGCACAUCAAACAAAUUACUAUCAGUUUUGAAUACCUGUUU